UUGCGCGGGAAAGCACGUAGUUCGGUGCAUCGCGAGUCGCGGUCGGUUUUUUUAUUUUUUCAAAUUGUGGCUUUGGAAUCAAAGUGUAUAGUGACUGGAAAAUUGCACAUGGAUUUUGGAUAUUGUGGAAAAUGUUUUGUGUUAUGUUUCUGGAACUGUCUCCUGUAUUGUGCAACAAAUAGGGAUUUCUUUUGAGGACACGGAACGAUCCAAAAUGUUGAAGUGGACUGUAUACGGUAAGAAGAACCAAGACGUCCGAUCAGUCCACGAGCUGGACAUCGAAGAUCGAGAGCCAUACAACGAACCAUACAACAACAAUGUCAGAAGAUCACUCGACGCACAAUCUGUUAAGAAAAGCAAAAAGCCCAGCAGAUACCAAAGGCGAUCUCUAGGAUCUGCAGCCAGGAAGAAUAACAUCAAAACUGUAGAUAAAGAGAAUUUCAAUUACAUAGGGAAUACUCCUAACUAUUUCAAGGAAGGUUUCGUAAAAAAAACUGAAGGUUUAGCGCUGAAAGAUGUUAGCAACAUCACUCCUUCUUCAGCAACACCCGUGAAGAAUUAUGAAAGGAGAAAAUACUAUCUCAAUGGUUCCAAAGAGGAUAUACCACCAGACCUACCGCCCACUCCUCCAACGUACAGCAGACGAGUGCGGGAAGCUAAGAAAAGGAAACUAGAGAUGACUAGUGCCAACGAAUGCUUUAGGAGAGACAGCUGCGCGUAUAGGUCAGAACGGCGAAUUAAACAUGUCGACAGAAGUUUACUUACAUCGCCAAAAUUAAGUCAUAGCACCUCAGAACCUUCAUUAAAUGAACUUUCUGAUAGGCUAAGCGCAUCAACUGAUAGUAGCAAAACUUCCUACCUAGCUGGUAAGAGAUUGGGCAAACCUAUAAGUACCACAAAAACAACAAGCGAAGGACUUGUUGAAAUAGAGUACGAUAAAGAUUUAGUCAUAAACUGUAUAGAAAAACCAAUUUCCUUAACCAAAGUGACAGAGAAAACUACCUUACCUAUUUUUGGACAUCACAUAUUUAUGGACAACCCCUUAUACUUCAAUAAAAAUGACGGUCUCAAUAUAAGGCCGUUGAAAAGGACAAGGAAGAAAUCAAACGAAUUUGAGAGUUCGUUUAGAUCACCUUCUGUAGAUAAGAAAGAUGCUCAUACCUUAGUAAGAGAUGGCUGCUCACCUGUCUCUAUCACACCUUUGUCCGUAAAGUUAGCUGCACUAAGGUUUAGCACAAUGAGCACGCAUAGCAAAUCUCAAAGAAAGCCUUUUACAGAUGACGUGACAGAAUUCUUUCCCAAAGUAGAAAACCCUUUUACUAUUCCUCUUAGAGACGAAGAAACAUCAACUGAGAUGGAAAACAAAUUUAUUUUGGGCAAAGAUUCUUUGACAAAUGAUACAGAAUCGACAGUGUCAACGACUCAGAUGGGAGAUGUGACCCUCGAACGAAUGAUUGAAGAUAUAAUCAAGAGUACUAAAAUAGUCAAAACCAAACGAAGAAUAUUGAAUAAGGAGUUCGAUAACAAACCUACAGUUGAAGAAGAAAUUCCUCCAUUGGAAGCUGUAAAAGACUUAUUUGUUAAUCCACAGGCUGAAAAUAAGGCUAAUUUAAUAAAAGAAGCAAGGUACGUUAAUUUAUCGAGAGAAAAUUCAGUGUCACCGAAGUGUACUCCAACGAAGAGGAUAAAACCUGUUCAUAGGGUAAAUGACAAAUUAUUGAAAAAUCUACCUAUUGGAUGUUUUAUCUUAGACGAUGGCGAUGGUUAUAACGAAAGGGAAGUUAGAACUCCUGAUAUUUUUAUAGAACCCAAGUCAAGAGCAAGAACUGGAAACAGGAAAUUAGUAAAUAGGUCGCAAUCAAUGAACAUCUCACAACACGAGAAGAGUAAUCUCGGUCAUGUUUCCUCAGAAUCAACUCCAGAUUUAUUUGCAGCAACAGAAAAUAACAACAAUGUAGCAUUACGAAGACAAAGAUGUAUACGUAGGAAAAAAUCUACUGUAAGCAACGAAAGUCAUAGGAGACCAAGAGAAAACGAAACCAAAUCGACUUCUUUCCUUACACUUGAAAUGGGUAUCCCAAGCCCUGCUUUAGAACUUCAAAAUGUAUCGUUAUGUGAGCCUUUAAGUUCGUCAUUUAACUAUCUUGCUCCAUGUGACCAGGAGUAUGAACAGAAUCAGUAUCACAACAAUACGUCUAUAGUCUCAAACGUCUCUCAUAGUAGCUUAAUGCCUAACGAACCAUUACCUCAAAACAAAAGGUCAAGAGAACUGUUUGGUCUCACAUUAGAAAACGGUAUUCCAAGUCCAAUCACUCCGAUUGCUGGCUCAAAGAGAACAAGCAAUGUUUUGAGUGAAGAGAGAGCUCACAAAAGCAGUAAACUUGAUGAGGAACUUCUUUCUACUGACAUCGUUACUCCUGUCAUCGAGCAUAAGUCUUCUAGAAGAUGCUUGACGUACUCUCCCGAAGAAUGCAGCAUUAACAGCAGUGAGGAGAAACGGAGAAGUGUAGCAAGCAAUCGUUUGGAAAGAAGUACAGAUAGAUACCAAGCACCCAAAGGCACAAUUGAUUUGGAGAUUGUGACGAGAAAUGACGUCAUUGACGUGCACGUGAUUCGCUGCCGCGAUCUUCAACGGUCUACAGGAAGAACGGAUGACAUUAAUGCCUAUGCAAAGGUCGUGAUCAGUGGAGUACCAGAGAACCAGCCUCUGCCUACACAAAGGUCAAUAUUCCAGAGGACAUCAGUUCUAUACGGCAAGAAAGAACCGGAGUUCCAGAGGCACCUGAAACUGCCCCUCCCACCUGUAAUUUACGAGCACCAAAUGCUCUACAUCUCUGUCUGGCAUAGAGAUAAAAAGUACAGGCGGAGCGAGUUCCUAGGAUGUGUCUCGUUCCCACUAAAAGAUGCGAGCAGUAGUGACGUCAGCGGGACCUACUUCCUCCAAGGGCGGCAGGGCGCGACCAAUGAGCGGAGCGAGCGACUAGUGACCGAGGACAAGCGCAAGAUGGCCACCGACAACAUUGAGACCAGCACCAAUGACGGGACUAAAGAGAACCAUAAUGAUAAAGGAGUGGCAACCAACGGCCCGUCGUCAGCAACGAGCACGAACCAAGCACAAGUGGCCGCUGCUUUGCAAAGGGAGGCAGACGAGCACCUGUUCCUGCGAUACUUGGAGCUGGACCCGCCUGACGACCCGGCCGCGCCUAGAAGAGCCCCUAGAAAUGGCCGCACCCCCUUCACUACUACUAGAAAACUCGUCCGCGGAGCAGCCGGUGGCUUCGGCUUCACGGUGGUCUGGACCAGACCACCCCGCGUGGAAAGGGUAGCAGCGGGGGGUUCUGCGGAGCGCGCGGGGCUUCGAGCCGGCGACUACUUAGUGUUCGUCGGGAAUAAGAAUGUCGUCACAGCGCCUGAGGAGGAGGUCCGGAAUCUCGUUAAAUCAGCAGGCCAGUUCUUAACGAUAGAAACGUUCAGACGGGUGCCCCCAAACGGUGUGGGCGUGCGUCCGCGCCUCGCUCAAGUGUCGAUCCCCGCGCCGGAGUCGACCCCGCCGCCCGCGCCCCGCUCCCCCCGCGCGAACGCCCUGGCCUCGCCGGCGGCCGCCGCGCGCCCCCCUACCGCGUGUUCGUCGACCAGCCAGUCGCUCGACCGCCGCAAACUGCACUUACCGCAAGUCACCUUCUCCAAAGAGACGCCAGGUCUCUCGACGGACGUGCGCAAGCGCGCUCUCCUGGCGGUCGUGGCCAGGGAACAGCACUAUGCCACGUGCCUCCAAUUCGGGCUGGUGAGGUUCGUGUCUCCGCUCGCUGAGAGAGCCGAUCUGAUCGCGCCGAACGAUCACCAGCUGCUGUUCCAGAAUAUCGAAGAAAUCUUUCGACUGUCUGAAGACAUCUUGGACCAAGUAGUGCAAGAUGACGGGGAGAUACAAACGUCAACGGUGGUGGCGGUGUACCUUCAGAAGACCCCUGUGUUCCUUAGCCUUUAUAAGAAAUAUUGUCUAGGAUUGAAAAGAGCAGAUUGUGUUCUGGUCAAAAAGUCAAAAGACCCGAGUGGAGCGUUCUCUCGCUUCUGCACCAGCCCGCCUAUACCUCGAAGAAGGCCGGACAUCACGUCGCUCGUCCACAAGCCCUUGGAGCAGUUCCGAGAACUGCUGAGGCUGAUGAGGACUGCUGCGGCUGCCAGCGGCGCCGGCCCGUAUGACCAGCUGGAGAAGAAGCAGCUGCAAGUCAUUGUAGAGCAGUUACAGAGUGGAUAUCAAGACGUGACAGCUGGGUCUGGUCUGAUGGGCCUAGCUGGUGAUGGGAAGCCUCUACUGUCGGUCUCAGAUCUGGAGAGCAGACUGGUGUUCACUAGGUGUAAACCGUUCGUGCUAAGCACAGCUGGCAGACAGUGGAUCUUCGGCGGGGAGCUCUCAAGGGUGGAAGGACGCGCAGUGAGGCCGUACUGGGCACUACUAUUCACGGAUCUGCUACUCUUCGCGACAGUGUCAAGGGACCGAGUGCUGUUCGUUACGGAGGAGCCGGUCGCUCUGGGAACCGUGUCGGAAGCACAGUUCAAUGUUAGGAAAAAAGCGACGGAGUUCCGCCUCAUCCUGGGCAGGACCGGCGGGGAAAGCCCGCUAGUGUCGUGUGCCCCGCGAACGCCCCACCGCACGCGCACCGUGGUCCUUCGAGCGCCGUCGAUAGACUUGAAGGCUGUGUGGCAGAGCUUGCUGCAACGGCAAAUAUACCGCGCGCACACGAUGACAGGGACGCCCCUGGGCUCGCCUCUAGACUCGCCGGACCCUCAGCUGACGUUCUCCCUCGCCACCCUGGACUCGCAGCAACGCCAGACGCGCCGAAGUUCUGCCGAGACUCAAACCGGUGCUGGUGGUAGUGCGACGGAAGGCGCAAGGAGCACCAGGAGUAGGGGGUCUACCUUGCACCUUCAGAGGUGGAUGACGCAACUGCCAGAAGCCGAGGAGAUGGACCCUCCUGAACCAGAUAUGGAGAUGUGGAGUGUUGAAGAGCUCAGGAAGAGAUCCAAGGAGCUUAAUCUAUUAGAAGUAGCUGAUCUAGUUAUAAACGCUCCAGAAAAUAAGGGCUCCUCACCUGCUGAGAAAAAAGAGACAGAACGAAGCCCGUCUAAAAGCAGUAAUUCUGGAAGUCAGAUAACAGUCCGAACGAGUCCAGUGGUAGUUGACACGAUCCCAGUAUGCAGACAGUGCCACAAAAAAUGCUUGUCAAAACCAAACAGUCCCUUAAUAUCCCAAAAAGAACCCCCCAUACCCGUCAAACCAAAACCAGAGCCUUCGCCACAAAACUCGAACUCUAACAAAAGUUCAACAAGUGCGUGUAGUGCAAAUUGUGGUAACCGUAAGCCAAAAAACUUUAGUCAUUUAGAGCGAAAAGGUGCUAUCAAGAUACGUCCUGAAGAUGCCCCAUUAGCGGCCUUAAAAGUCAUAGACUCAAUUGAGCAAAGUCAAAAAAUGCUCAAGUCUACGUCCUACGAAUUGAAAACUGAUUCACCUAUUUUGAACCGAAGCGUCCACUCUCACUCAAGAAGCCAUACAAAGAGCCAAUUGGAAUUGAGGAAAGAACACUCCAUCAGAUCGCCAAGUCCAUCAUCUAGCAGUAGAAAUAAUAGUCCACUAUCAACUAGUCAUACAACAUGCAGUUCCAUGGUAUUUAAUUCUAGUUCUAACGACUUAAGAAUGUCUAACUCAAACAUUGCCAAUCAAGUACAAUGUGUCAUAGCACAAGAAAAAUAUUUGAAUGAAGUGAAAUGCGUUGAAAGCAUUACAUUGUCCAAAUCCAAAAUGACUACAUCCAGUUACCCAUCGCCAGCAUCAGCUAGAAAGGAGCAGAUUACACGACAAAAGGCUGAGAAUGUACUUAAUAAAGUAUUAGGUAUGAACAUUAUUACCAAAAGAGAAAAUGUAGGUUCAUGUUUAAGAACAUCAUCGGUUUUUUUAGAAGACGAUUCCAUUCACGAGGAUGAUAACGAUUUUAAAAUAGAUAGAGGUUUAAGGAGAUCCCCCAGAAUGGGUAUAUCUGCUGUUAGUAAAAUGAAUGGGGAUAUAAAUAAGAAGACUGAGCGCACAGAAGAUUUUAAUGCUAACACUAAUCCGAGUGAGCUAGGUUCUGAUGAAGAUUUAGAGUUAGGACCGCUUAUGCUGAUGGGCUUGUCGGCCAUCAACCCAGCAGCGCACCUAAUGCGUGUGGAGCCGUUCAAAAGGCAGACAGUUGGAAAUACCAACAAUUUGUCGAGACCGGGCAGCCUUGGUUCGGUCAAGUCCGAGUCUCCGGUCCCCAACAUAGCUGUAGUCCCACCAACUCCUGAUUACAACACCACCAAUAAGACUAUGAAAACCCACUUCGAUCUGAUGUACUUGCAGGAUUCACUGAUAGAUGACUCCCCAGAUUCUCCUGAUGUGCCGGAAGAUCUGCCUUACAUAUCUCUCAAAAGAUACGGCACAAUGUCAAGCCUGGAGAGGCUACCGUCCGAUGAGACUGACGAUGGCAACGUAAGACUGACGGCACAGGAGCCUGAGCCUAUCAAACCUUACAACCCAGUUACUGGAGCGGCUGGUGGCAUCAUGGGCUGGACAGCAAGAGCAGGCUCCUUCGUAGUGGAGAAAAUGAACAUCUUCAGUUACACAGAAAGCGUUCCAAACACCUCUAUUGCCCACAAACAACCAUCGUUCUUAGAAAGAUGUUUAGGUGUGAGUGAUUGGAAAUCAGCUCUUGGAACAGAAGAAGGCACGGCAGAGACGGGAGAAGGUAGCGGGGCAAGCGGAGAAGAAGCAUGGGGAACCCCAUCAUCUGGUGACUUAUCAGACAACCUCCCUGAUUCUGAACAUGGGACAUUAUCGUCACCCACCAAGUCAUCGUCAUCAUACGCUGGCGAUGAUGACACGGAGUUGAUGAUGGACGAGCUUCUCAUGGCACCCACAAUAACCGGACCGACUACCCUCAGGCCGUUGUUACCAAGGGAUGUUUUCAGGAGAAGGCUUGAGCCUCUCCUGGAAGAAGAAUGCUCAGACAGCGGUAGUGAGGACAACAAGGCUACACCCACCAACUCGGAUGACCAGGGCAGCGUGCAUGGCCUCGAUGCUGACGACUGCUGCGACGUGCCGCGCCGGCCGCCCUCUGCUUCCGAGUCAGAAGCAGAGGACGGGGGUGCGGGCGCCGCACAAAUUGCUGGAGGGGAGCCAGGUGGUGGCGCCGAGUCAGAGCUGAGCCCCGAUCGGACGCCCACCAACGAAGUACCUUCGAUGCCCUUACAAUCUGUUUCAAGAGAGUGUGUGGAGGUGCGUGCCGCUGCUGCUGCAGCCGGUCGUCGGGGCUCAGCCAGCUCAGCAAGCACGCCCUCCACACUCGAGCGUACCACAAUACACAACCCUACACCACAUCACCCACUUUCACCAGCUUCGGAGCCAGCACCAGUGGAGGAGCCUGUGCAGGAGGAGAAGCCGCCGACGCCGGAGAGACUCAGUCCGCGCGCCGAGAUGCGCUUGGCACUGGACCAGGGGAAGGACAUGCUGGCGGACCAGGAAGUGCCUUGGACCAUGGAGCCGUUUCGGGCACGGGAUGGCGGGUCCGACCCCUGGUCGUUUCGCGCGGCGUGCCAGCGCUCGCUCCUGCGCCGCGUGGCGAGCGCGGACGCGGUGACGCUGUGCCGCGCGCAUCCGCGCCGCACCGCCCCGCAUACUACUUCGCGCAGUUCUGUAUAUGCUUGGAAGCUUCCAGAAAACGAAACGAAGCUUAUGGAGAUGGAGCAACUGGCACGAGUGGAAGCUCAGAUGAUGCGUUCGCGGACGCGAUCUCUGUGCCAGAACGGGAAGAUAAUGGGUUUCCUUCGGCGCCGCGCGUCGUCCGAUAGCCCCCGCCGCGAGCCGCUGCUACUCGGCUCGUCUCGUCCGUUCUCGCCUCGCCGCACCACUGAGAAACAAUUCGAGAAACGGUUCUGGAAACAAGUGACCAGAAGACGUCAGUCAUGCGGCUCAAUAAGCCAAAUUUAAAAAAGAACUGUAACUUAACAAAAAUGGUGUUCAUGUCUUUACUAAAAGACCGCUACUAGCACUAGAAUUUAGAGACUGUAAUGUGUAGAUAGCAAUUCGUGUUUCAUAAACCGAUGGAUCUAAUAACGAAAAUGGUGGUGCGAAUAAUAAAGUUGAAGGUGCAUUUACAAACUUUGACGAUUGUGAAGAAGAUUGUGAUAUCUAAGUAAAUUUCGAACUGGAAAGAUUGCCAAACGAUGCCGGAGGUGUAAUAGAAAUGCCAAAUAAACUGACGAAUGGGACCUGUCGACUUUACUUCAUAUCGUAGAUAGAGGAAGCCAAUAUAGUUAAUAUUUGGUGUAGGUACUUAGGAAUUUUAGUACUCAAAUAAAUAUUAUGAUUAAAAUUGUACAUACCUUUUCAAGGAGAGUUUUGGUAGAUGUACAGUAUGUAUAUUGAUUAAUAGAUUGUUUUAAAAGAUGCUUGUUGAAAUAGAUAUCUUCGUACAAAUUGUUUUUGCUACAUGUCGUGUAACGCUGUUAUAGUGAUUACUGUUUUUCUUUAUUAUCACUGUUGUAAAAUAUAAUAUUGUUUCUUUAUUGUAACUGUAAUUAUGUCCAAUUUUUAUUAUAAUGGAUCAGAGCUUAAUUUUUUAUGUCGCACAAUUUUAGAUGAAUCGAGAAAAACAAGAAUCAUCUAUUUGUAUGAAACUAGGAUCGUAAUGCUUUUUAAAUGUAUAAUCAGACGAUUGCUCUUAAAAUUUUAAAAUACUUUUGUA